GUGUUCCUGCUUGGCAAAACCUGUUAAACCAAGCACGCGCUUGGCGUAAAGUUGCACGACCAGAACAAUGCAUAAUGCUGGUUUUCGCACGUUUUUAGCAUUGGUGUACCUAUAUAAGCGGGUCCUGGUCUUGACGUACGCAAGCAUCAAUCCACUAAACAUUGGUAAUGGAACUAGGCAACUGUUUUCUCCUUGUUCUCUUCUGCGUGACUGGUACAGCUCAGCUGGUAGCGGGUGUAUUCUUCAGGAU